AUGUCCGACCGUACUGACGAUGAGUACGAAUUCACUGAAUUCACUGAAGAUGAGCUACGUGCCAUAGACUCGACCGCCGAAGAAGCUCUUCGUGGUGCAUGGCCGCCCUCUUCUUCGAGCCCUCAGCUGGCUACUCGUUUGGAUUUAGAAAAAUUUGCGGAGGGUCCCCGCUCUAGAAAAUCUUCUGGAUUUUCUCACUUCGAACUCACAGAAGAGGAUCUUCAGCAGAUUGAUUGCACCGUGGCGCGUCUGGCACCCGGCGUUGACGAAGGCUCUGGGCGUGGCUCUGACUCUAGGGGAGAGCCAGUGGCGCAAUCUAUACGACCUUCGCUGUCUUACGUAGAGGUUACAAUCGACUCUCCUGUACCACCGGCACUAGUUGCAUCACCAACUCCUACAUUGGGGCGCAGCCCCUCUCAAAGUGCUCCCGAAAUGCCUUCGCUCUAUUCUCAGUUUCGUGCCUUUCGCAACUCUUUAUCUGUGUCCGACUUGGUUGGCCCCGCCUGGUGCGAAGUUCAGUUUGAAUAUGGUCUCCGGGGCAAACGACAUCUGUCACCCUCGCUGAGACCUGAAGCAUUCGAAACUCGCUCUGGCAAAAAAAUCCGAGUUCAACGAGAGGUGGCAGUCAAAAACGACCGCGUCUUAAAAAAGGGAACCGCGGUCCACAAAAAGCUCGAGCGGGAGAUACGCCCCAUUGAAGUAAAGAUUUCUCCCAAGACCCGCGAGGAUGUGUGGGGUCUAAAGCUGUUCAAUAUGAUUUCGAAUAUUCGUGUCUUGAUAGACGAAGGCUGUUGCAGGGAAAUGCCAGUCAUUGGGUUUGUACAUGGGCACUUCGUCAACGGGGUUAUCGAUGAGAUGACUUGCAGUCUUGACAUACCAAAAUCACCAACUUUUCCUGGAGGAUUCGCCAGUCAAGGGCAACCAGCUAUUGCCACAUUAGGCUCAAGAACCGCUAUUUGUAUUUUGGAUAACAAAACUCGAGGAGUAAAUAGCCUACCCCAACCGCGAGAUGCGUUUCAGUCACGCCUUCAAUUGAUGCUCUACAGGCGACUGUUGGAUAUGCUUUUGAUUCCUGGAGGUCCCGAACCGUCAACCUCGUCUAGGGAAGACCUUGCGAAUGAGCGGAGACUUUCAUUUCAUGAAGUCUGGGCUCAUCAUUCUCUCAACUCUGAUGCUUGUUUUUCGCCUUCAUUCUUGCAAGAAAGCGCUUUACUCGUUACGAGUAACAACCUUGGACUUGCAGCAGAGAAUGCUGUGUGUCUCAAAGACUUGGAGAAUGUGUGGCAUACAAUUGUCAACGAGCUGAUUCAUACUAUUGGUCCGGGAGAACAAGACAGCAUGAUAUCGGAAACGCUGAAAUUGGUUUAUCGACGACGCGGAGCAUCCAAAAAGAGAUCGACUCAUACGGAUGAAGGCUCUCAGCCGCUGAAUAGAUACCGCUCAUCUAAGAGGUCAUGCGAUGACCAGGGAUACAACAAGACGGGUCGAGCAGAGUCCGAAGACGUGGAGUUGCAGCGUGCGAUCCGCGAGUCUCUCAGUCAUGGUGUGCAGUCCGAUGGCCUUACAACACAAGACGAAACUAGCGAGAUUAUCCGGAGACAGACGAAAGACGAAGGCCAGGAGUCGAUACAGGAAACGGGCGAUCCUAUCUACGUACCAAGCGGCCGGACCUCAUUCGAGAAUGACUUGCAGCGCGCGAUCGAAGAAUCAAAGAAAAGUGUCUCCAAGCAAAUGGGAAAAGGUCCAUCGUUGCUUUCUCGACCUGUAUCGGAUUUCAAGGACGAGCGAGAUAAUGGAGACAUUAUCGGCACAGUCGAGUUUGCCCACGAUGAUGUAUUACUUGAUAAUCAUUUGAAUAGCGUACUUGACUUUUGGCAUGAUCGACGCCCUCCAAAAGGCGUGGAUCUAGAAGAUGCAGGAAGAUGCAGAUACUGCGAGUUCUCUGACGGCUGCGAAUGGUUAGAAUCCAAAUCCAAAGAUAUUUCACAAGGAUAUCCAAGACAAUGA